CUGUCGUUAGUUUUUAGUAUGUUUGUUAGGUAUAGUUUAUAUAUUCUGUGGGAUUUUUAUAGCUGUAUUUCACUUUUUUGCAAUCUGUAUCAAAAUAAGGUGAAUGACCGUUUGUUUCGCACACAUUACAUAUUGCAAAUACUAACAUACUUUGUGCAAAAUAUUAUGAAUCAGAUAUUUUAAUAAUAUGUACAUUAUAUGCAAGAAGACGUGAACAGAGACGACAAAUGUGAGACAGUUAAUUCCGACUAUUGCGUUGAGUUCGACCUGAUUGUGACUAAAACAUAAAUACCGUUAGACCGUGAUAAUGAAUAACUGGAACCAAUCUACGCGUAACGACGACCGUAAUGAUGACAAACCCCCAUACUCCAGAGUGUUCGUGGUUUGCAGCAAGCAGAUGCGUGAGGAUGAUCUCAGGCCGGUGUUCGAAAAAUAUGGGAACAUUGACGACGUCCAUAUGCCGCGCGAUCGCACUACAGGCGAGUCCAGAGGCAUAGCUUAUAUCAAAUACGCUAAAACGUCGUCAGCGGCGGCCGCUAUCCAAGACCUACACUUAACAACCUUGCCAAACAAUAGCCAUAAACCGAUCAAAGUAAUGGUCGCAACAAACAAGAACGAUAGCCAAAACAACAACCCAGACAAAUACAGGCGACUGUUCAUAAAAGUACCCAAGGAAUGCAGUGAGAGUGAAAUACGCAGUCACUUUUCCACAUUUGGGCGAGUUGAAUCAGUCAGAUUACAGAGAGAUAAAGUCACUGAUGAGUGUAAAGGUUUUGCUUAUGUUCACUACACGACAUUUCUAGACGCAGCCAAAGCACUCGAGGAAUGCGACAGAAAGUACAAACCAAUAUUUGCAACACCAAAAGAUGAGUUAAAGAGGGGUAGGAAUAGUUUGGAGAGUUUCGAAAGCUACUCAAGUAAUUUUAGUUUGCACAAGGACAGCUAUCAUGACUACCACCAUCCAAGAGAUGAUAAGAGAGAUAAUGUAAUGUCACUUAUCAAAAGUAAACCUCAGGAAUAUGACACAGUAGCUGUGACAUGCAGCCCCCCUGUUUUACAAAAGUAUCUUGAGAGAUUGUUUAAUGUUAUCCCAGGGAUGAUGCAGUGCAAGUACUCUCUAGACCAAUAUAAUGGUUGCUGCAAAGCAUUUGUCACAUAUGACAGUGAAAAAUCUGCAUCUUAUGCUGUAGAGAAAUUAAACAACUUUGAAUACCCAUCUGGAGAAAUAAUAUCGGUGAAACCAGAUGAGAAUCCUCUUAGUAAAGCAGCAAAUAAUUUAACUAGUAUUGUAAAUAAUAUAAAAAAUGCUGUAGAAGGCAAUCCUGAUCUCUUACAGCUAGCUGAUGCAAUAGCCGAAGCGUCCACCCUUAUAAAAGCCGCAUCAUCAGGGAGGGAAAUAAAAUCUGAGGCUCAGGAUAACUAUUGUAGUGUGAACCUGCCCCCAGUGCAACCCAUGUCUAGUAACAAUAAAGUUGCCCAAAGAUGCUUUUUAGUGUUUAAGCCUCAUCCUCCUCCUGUGAGCGUAUUACGAGACACCUUCUGCCGUUUUGGAGACCUCAUUGAUGUUGCAACAUUCCCAAAUAAAACUUUUGGUUUUGCCAAAUAUGCAUCAGUUAAGUCUGCACAAGAUGCUAUGAAAACUCUGCACGAAGCCACUCUGUGCGGAAUUAAAUUAAAGGUUUUAGAGGCUGAUGAGAAAGUGUCUAAUGACAACAAAAUGAAUGUUGACAAUGAACCAACAGAGCAUGACACAGAGAGAAAAAGAAUGAAACUUGACAGGGACAACUGAUUCUCAUAGACUAAGUGCAUAUAAUGUUGUAUUAUGUUUCAUGUAUGUAUUUAGAUUUAUUUUUAUUCACUUUUAAAAUUAUAGACAUUAUGGACUUUAAAAAAAAACAAUGAAAUGUGA